AACGAAACCGAUCGGUCUUUCUAAAUGAGACGAAAAGUUGUCACUUGACUUGGGCAGACACACCUCGAUCUCAUCGAAUCUCCUCUUACAUAUCACUUCACAGCUCACACCAAACAAACCUACUCCCCUCUUUCUCUCUCUCUAGGCUCUCUCAGAAAACAUUAGAAAGGUCGUGAGAAUGGCGGCGACGGCAGCUUCAAGCUUGCAAUUUGCUACAAUAAGGCCAAGCAUCUCUAGCAAAGUUUUUAAAGCAGGGACCUGCAUUGUCGGUGCCAAUCCCAGGAACGCAUCAUGGGACAAACUCGCUUGCACUCGCCCUCUAUCGAACCUCGGAUGUUUGAGAAACAACAGUUCUCUUCCAACUUCUAAAAAGAGUUUUUCCUUUUCAACAAAGGCAAUGUCUGAAUCCAGCCAGAACAACGCUUCUUUUGGACUUCCUAUUGAUUUGAGAGGGAAAAGAGCUUUCAUUGCUGGUAUUGCUGAUGAUAAUGGAUAUGGUUGGGCCAUAGCCAAAUCUCUUGCUGCUGCUGGUGCUGAAAUAUUGGUUGGGACAUGGGUUCCUGCACUUAACAUUUUUGAGACGAGCCUGAGACGUGGAAAAUUUGACCAGUCACGCGUGCUGCCUGACGGUUCAUUGAUGGAGAUUAAAAAGGUCUAUCCUUUGGAUGCUGUGUUUGACAAUCCUGAAGAUGUGCCUGAGGAUGUGAAAGCGAAUAAGCGAUAUGCUGGAUCAUCAAACUGGACAGUACAGGAAGCUGCUGAAUGUGUGAGAAAAGAUUUUGGAACCAUUGACAUUCUUGUCCACUCACUUGCAAAUGGACCAGAGGUUAGCAAACCUCUUCUGGAGACAUCAAGAAAAGGCUACCUCGCUGCUAUCUCUGCUUCGAGUUACUCGUUUGUUUCCCUCCUCAGGCAUUUCCUGCCAAUUAUGAACCCAGGAGGCGCUUCUAUAUCUCUUACUUACAUUGCUUCUGAAAGGAUCAUUCCUGGGUAUGGUGGAGGUAUGAGUUCUGCGAAAGCCGCACUAGAGAGUGAUACACGGGUGCUUGCAUUUGAAGCUGGAAGGAAACAAAACAUUAGGGUCAACACCAUCUCUGCAGGUCCUUUGGGAAGCCGAGCAGCAAAAGCAAUUGGGUUCAUAGACACCAUGAUUGAGUAUUCAUACAAUAAUGCGCCUGUUCAGAAAACAUUGACCGCAGAUGAAGUUGGGAAUGCAGCAGCCUUCUUGGUAUCUCCAUUGGCUUCUGCCAUAACUGGUGCAACCAUCUAUGUUGACAAUGGCUUGAAUUCAAUGGGUGUUGCCAUCGACAGUCCAGUUUUCAAAGACCUCAAAUAGAGACUUAAGUAACUGCGGAAACUCUUUUUCUUGUGUUGCAUUUGUUUUUUUGUUUCUAUUGAGAAUGUUUUUUCUUUCGAACAAACUUGUUUCUAGAACAAAAUAUGAUAUUUAAAACAAUCAGAAUAAAUUCCAGUCAAAAAGUAUAAUAUAUAUACAUAUAUAAUUAUUUUUGAGAAA